AUGGAUGAAGCGUAUGCAGACAGUUUAAGCACAGAUUAUCGAUGGCUAGGCCACUCUCAUUUAGAUAGCCAUCCUUCGGCUGGUGAUAGCAUUCAGUUAGAUUCUAAUGAAGACGAUUUCGAUCCAUCUCGUGUCGAUCGAAUUGGUAGAAUAGCAGAACUCCUAGAUGGAUUAGAAGAAGAACAAAUUCAUGAACUUGUUUCCGGAAUUAAUGAUACUUCCAUCCAAAACAAGGCACCUGCUGACCAAGGCCAAGGAAACACCGUCAACUAUCCCAGUUCUCCCACGAAAGUAAACGACCAGAAAUUUUUUCGACAAGCUUCAAACUCUCAACCAUCAGGUGGGAUUUUUUCAAAUCCUUCCUUUCCUCCUCCUCACCCCCCUGUAACAUUUACGAGUACUCCAUACAAACAUGUGCCAGCUGUCUCAGACGCAGAGCCAUACAAUUCGCAGCAAUUUUUUGAAUACAGGAAUCCAAAUGAAAACCAGAUCCAAAAGCAAUACUCAUUUCCCUCUUCCCAUUCAACCGCUAUUUCACAGACAACUCAGCCGCCUACGAUUCCUUCUAACCCUAGUGCUGCGUCAACUCAAAAUUUUGAAGUAUCCAACAAUAAUAAUCAAAGUCCUUAUCAGUCUGGCUCGACUGAUGGCAGAAACCAACCUACGCAACAAGACUUCUUGCAUGAACAGAAUGCGUAUUCUCCACUUUAUUCAAAUUACCCAAAAACUCAUUCUCAACAUCCAGGAAUUUCUACAAAUCGUGGAAAUGUUCAUGUAGAGUCAGUUCAUGAUCGCCAAGAGCCUGCAACCGCCUGUCCUCCGACAUCGUCCACCUGUGUUUCAACAAUAAGCCAACCUCAACCGGCUACAGAUAAUAAGCAUGAUCCUCCUGUUUCUCAACCUACAGAUAUACAUUUUCAAACGUCCCCUCCAGGACCGCCUGCUGCUGGCCCUCCUACUUCAACAAUAGAAGUUUUACCACCUGCACUAAAUGAUGUAUUGGAAAAAAUGAAUGCCACUAUUCAAUCUCUCACAAAUCAAUGCCAACAAAGGGAUAAACAGAUUGAUACUUUAAAUAAGCAGCUUCUAUUUAAUAAUCAACAAACUGCUCCUACCGUGAUGCCUGCAAUUAUACCAAAGGCUUCUGGUGUGACAAAUCAAAGGAACUUGGCUGAGUCUCAGAAUCCUUACCCUCGUAAACCACCUGCACCAAAACAAACUCGUUCUGUAACCGUUGGUAACGACGCUUCUUUCCCUCAUACAAAGCCCCAGGGCGCUGUAGCGAAUGAAGUUCGAGUACAACUAACGACGCUGGACGCGAUUCUAUUGCAAUUUGACCAUCUGAGGAAAGAGUUGUCUCAGGCUCGUCAUGAAAUACAAGUUCUAAAACAAGAUACUAGCCAAGCGAAGGGGAUCUCCGAAAAUGAAAAAUCCACACCUGCUACUGACAAUUUUUCAAAAGAACACACCUCGUGUGCCAACCGUCCAGAACAUAACGACCAGUGUUCACACCGACAUGAUCAAAAGUCCUCCGUAUUGCAGCCUGUAGAGGUGCCUAACAGUACUUUAAAUAAAACUGCACGAACUAACCCCAAGUUUAAAAAGCUCAACGAUGUCAAUCCCCAACCUGUAUCUCAUACUUCGAAAGCGUUGUCACCACAAGACAUGCCUGAUUCCAAAUUUAACCUGCCGCAAGAAAAUCAACUAUAUUACCGGUUAGGACUACAUUUCAUUGAUAGUCAAUGUAGCAUUGAGACAGCGAAUAUGCUUAAAUCCGUGCUGAUACAGCUGGACAUGCCCUACACUAUCUUUCCUAUGGCUAUUGGACAAGUGCGAAGACAGUUGCAACAAGGUAGACGAUUGUAUCAAUGGAUACAUGUUGUUCAUUAUUUAUUAUUCCAUGAGAAGAUGAACGAAGGCCUUGUUUCGAAACAAUGCUUGUCGGAUUUAUUAAAAAAACUACAGGAGAAACUACGUCUGACUCGAAAAUAA